CGAGCUCCGCCGCCUGCUCUGCGCCUCCGGGGCGGCUCCGUGGGCAUGAACCGAAUCCGGAUCCACGUGCUGCCCUCCAGCCGGGGCCGCCUGACGCCGGGGCCGCGCCCGCAGGAGCCUCUCUCCUGCGCCUUCAGCCAGCGGCAGUGCUCCCAGCCCCGCCUGGAGGGGCAGGAGUUCUGCAUCAAGCACAUCCUGGAGGACAGGAGUGCCCCUUUCAAGCAGUGCAGCUAUGUCUCCACCAAGAACGGGAGGAGGUGUCCCAACGCUGCCCCCAAGGCAGAGAAGAAGGAUGGCACCUCCUUCUGUGCAGAGCAUGCCUGGAGGCACAGCCUGGCCCUGCAGGCCCAGAUGAAGAAGUCUCCUGCUGGCCCCAUGGGAGAGGCUCUGCUCUGCCAGCUCAGCUCCUACGCCCGGGGGGAGCUGGGGGCCCAGGCUGCCGACAGCCGCAGCGAAGCCAGCAGGGCCCUGGAGGAGGACAGCUGGAGUGAUGGGGAGCAGGAGCCUCUGACUGUGGAGCAGACCUGGAGGGGGGACCCCGACAGCGAGGCCGACAGCAUCGACAGCGACCAGGAGGACCCCCUGAAGCAUGCUGGGGUGUACACAGCAGAGGAGGUGGCUCUGAUCAUGAGGGAGAAGCUGAUCCGGCUGCAGUCGCUCUACAUCGAUCAGUUCAAGAGGCUUCAGCACCUCCUGAAGGAGAAGAAGAGAAGGUUCCUGCACAGCCACAGGGCAGAGCAUGAGGCCAUGGGCAACAGCCUCCUGACCGGCCCCGAGGGGCUGCUGGCCAAGGAGCGGGAGAGCCUGCGGCGGCUGAAGUGCCUGCGGCGGUACCGGCAGCGCUACGGCGUGGAGGCUCUGCUGCACCGGCAGCUGCGGGAGCGCCGCCUGCUGGCCAGCGAUGGCACUGCCCAGCAGGCCCACACCACCCGCUCCAGCCAGCGCUGCUUGGCCUUUGUGGACGAUGUGAGGUGCUCCAGGCCCUCCCUGCCGCUCAGCAGGCACUGCCUGCUCCACAUCUGCCAGGACGCCAACCAGACCCUCUUCAAGCCCUGCCAGGGCUCGGAGGAGGUUCCCUGCAGCAAGCCGGUGGCCGUCAGCCUCUCGGAGGAGCCCUGCUGCCCGCUGCACCUGCGGCUGCCGCCGCAGCUCUACGUCCCCGAGCAGGGCCUGGCCGUGCCCCCGGCGCUGCAGGCUGCCCCCAGCGACCUGUACCUGAGCGCCGCCGAGCUGCAGCCCAGCGAGAGCCUGCCCCUGGAGUUCAGCGACGACCUGGACGUGGUGGGGGAUGGGCUGCAGUGCCCUCCCUCCCCUCUGCUCUUCGACCCUGGCCUGGACCAGUCCCUGCGGGAGGUGGCUGAGGCCCCCAUAGACAUCCUGGCCCUGGAGGAGCCCCCCCAGCCCCCCCAGGCGGCAGCAAGCUGA